GCGCUAAAUCGCGUCAUCCCCGACUCCCCGGCUGUGUGAAGAGUCAUCAACGCGACACUUCACGACAUCCGCAGCUGCCAACGACGACACGCAUCGCAUCAUGUGGCUUUUAGGAUGCGACGACAAGGACACGCUGAACGGAACUCGCAUAUGGUUACGGCCGGGCACGAGAUGUGUUCUUGGAAGAGUCAAGUGCGACGAUGUUACCGCCGUGGUUCCCUCGAGUCGAUCGAUUUCGCGACGGCAUUUGGUGAUCAACGUGGGCCCUGUAAAUGAAGGGGACGGAAUCAAACUCCACGCCCGAACGGAACUCACGAUCCAAGACUGUGAUACAAAGCAUGGCACGAUUUGGAAUGGCAAGAAGAUCAAGGGGACUGUUGCUCUCGAUACACGCGACGAGCACGGUUUCUAUCUGGGGAAGCAUGGCUGUGCGUUUAGGGUGAAAUGGACGCCAGUAAUCUUUUCGGUUUCUCUCUCCUCCAAGGAGCGGAAAGACAAGAACAGCAUGGCCGUGUAUCGUUCGCAACUAGAGAAGCUGGACAUCAAAACCAUCGCCACCUGGACCGACGGCACCACGCAUGUCAUCGCCGCAAAACGCAACACUGCAAUCGGUCUACAAGCCCUCGUCAACGGCCGACACAUCGUGACACACUCCUACAUCGACGCCAUCGUCUCGGCUGCUCAGUUGCCACCGACGGACAACGGACAGACGCCCCAGUCGUCGCUGGAAUGUGACUUCGAUGCGCACUGGCCCACGGCGGAGGACUUUCUCCCGCCCGUGGGCUAUGAGCCUGUGUCGCAGCCCCCGGAGGCUUAUGCCCCGGAUGGAAGGAGAAAGAACAUUUUUGAAGGUUGGGUAUUUGUGUUUGGCGACGAGGUGCAGUACCAUAACCUCCUUGCACCUAUUACGGAUGCUGGAGGGAAGCCGGAGAAGUUCACAAUCAAGGAUGGCGUCACACUGCCUGAGGAGCUGGCGGACUUUGUGCAGAAGCGGAGACUCGGGGACGAUAUCGCCGUGGUCAGGUUUAGGUCAAAGACAAAUCCGGACUGGGAAAUGAGAUUUACUCAGAAGUUGCAGCAGUUAUUGGGCUUUCGCGUUGUCGAACAGAACGAGUUUCUGGAGGUUAUCCUGAGUUGUGAUACUUCCACUCUUCACCGACCACUCCAGCAACAGCAGAGUCCCCGGCAACGCUCACCGGAACCACCUACGCCUAGUAACAGAGCUAAACCGGAGCCCGAAUCCGCCAAAAAACCUGCUCCCUCCGAAGGCCCAGCUGCAACUCGUACCAGGGCCAGGGUUCGACGGAGAGGUGCCACACCCAUCGAUCCUUUUGCCUUCGAUGUCGGUGGUGAUUUCGUGGCGCCGACUCCCGAGCCCGCAAGUCAGAUUCCAACACAGAGUCCAGAGAGCAGGAGAGACCAGCCAAUAUUCUCGAACGACAAUCUGGGUAAACAGUCGAGUUUUAAUCGACUCAUCCCGACACCAAUGGAGAUGGAACAGGACGAGCCUUCGUCCUCGAUAGCGGAUAGUAUCAUAGUUGGCUCACAGCCGCCCUCACGGAAACGCCCCGCCCCCGCCGCGCCCGCAGUGCCAGACCGCGACGAGAACCUGGACAUGAUGGAUCUCCUGCCUGGUGCAAGAAUUGCCAAACGCCGCAAAGUCGCGGAGGAAGAAGAACGUGCUCGCCGCGGCGAGACGAUCUCCCCACAGGAAUCCAUCGCGGUCGACGAAUCUGCAGCAUCCCAGGUAUCGGUAAAAGCAGAGCCAAAGACUCCGGCCAAGAUGAAGAAACGUGGCAAGCCCGAGACCACCUUCGAAGUGCAGGCGCGCGAGAUUAGGGAGAAGGAGGCGGCUGAGGCAGAAAGGGUUAAGGUCGAGGAACAAAGGGCUAUGGAAGGUGUCGAUAUUGCCGGAUUGAAGAAUCUGGCGAUUGUAGAGACUGUGGAAGUCAAGCCCCGCGUCAAUAGGUCCUUUAGAGCUGCAAGUGGAGAGGGAAGUGAUCGAUGGAAGCCAGAGUGGAAUGGACGGGAAAACUUCAAGGGGUUUAGACGCUCUGGUACGGGGAGCAGUACUAGAUCCUUCAAUGGGCCCAAGAUACUUAUUGAUCUUGUUGAACACAAGCACCGGGAUUUCGGCAUUGGAGAUGGCUACUGGAUCGGGGACGAAGACUCGGGUUCAUCCCGCCGCAAGGGAACACAGCGGAGCACCCAACAAGCAGAGGAAAUCAUCCCCUCGCCACCCCGCCGUGGUGGUGCCGGCGCCUUCUCCACCGCCCGCGAACCUGCCGAGGCAGACCAAUCCGACCCCGACUCCCCGCCCACCUUUAGCCUCCGCAACCGCCGAGGCGGAACUACCAGUCAAGCACAGACACCGCAACCCCAUCACCGCAACAGUAGCGCGCUCCCAUCGAUGUCACAGAGUCAGACGCAGGCCGGGACGAAGCGACCGGUGCCCCCGCAGGCCAGUAGUAGAGUCCCCCCCGCGAAGAAACCAAAGACGGCCCUCAAGAUUGGGUCGGAUGCGGAGAGUGAUAGCGAUGAUAGCGAUGACGAUGGAUUGAGGUUUAAGUUGCGACGGAGGAGGUAGUAGUGGGGAGGAAAUGAAUUGUGAGUAGGUAGUGAUGUUGGCUGGUCUG